GUCUCGUUUUCCCGCCAGCAGCCAGGUGGGUUCGCCAACCUCGUCUUCUAACCUGGAGCCUCGCUUUGGGCCUGCUUCCUGCUCGUCCUUGCGCCAGCUCCUUUGUACCUGCGACUCCUGAUCCUCCUACCGCGCCCCUCCAGGUAACCUAGCUUUGCAGUCUGUCCAGACCUGACUUCGGUUCUGGCCCACGUGCCUGUUUCCUCCACCUGGAAGAGGCCUGGCUCUGGCCUCUGAAAAGCCAGAGAAUCUUGGGACCUAGGUAGGGCACCUAGCGGGCUGUGACCUUCGCCCCGCCCUGGAGGGUCUCCUUCGGCAGAAUGGCAGCACCCCCGCUGUGCCGUCUGGUGCUGACCCAUCUGCUAGUUGCCCUCUUCGGCAUGGGCGCCUGGGCUGCAGUCAACGGGAUCUGGGUGGAGCUGCCCGUGGUGGUGAAAGAGCUCCCGGAGGGCUGGAGCCUCCCUUCGUACCUUUCUGUGCUUGUGGCGCUGGGAAACCUGGGUCUGCUGCUGGUGACCCUGUGGAGGCGGCUGGCUCCGGGCAAGGGCGAGAGGGUCCCCAUCCAGGUUGUGCAAGGACUGAGUAUGGUGGGCACAGCCCUUCUGGCCCCUCUGUGGCACCAUGUGGCUCCAGUGGCAGGGCAGCUCCACUCGGUGGCCUUUCUCACUCUGGCGUUUGUACUGGCGCUUUCCUGCUGUGCCUCUAACGUCACUUUUCUGCCCUUCCUGAGCCACCUACCACCUCCUUUUUUACGGUCUUUCUUUCUGGGUCAGGGCCUGAGUGCCCUUAUGCCUUGUGUGCUGGCCUUGGUACAGGGGGUGGGCCGGCUCGAGUGUCUGCCUGCUCCAGCCAAUGGCACCCCUGGCCCCCCCAUCAAUUUCCCUGAGCGUUUUACUGCCAGCACUUUCUUCUGGACACUGACUGCCCUUCUGGUCACUUCAGCUGCUGCCUUCCAGGGUCUUCUCUUACUACUGCCAUCACCACCAUCUGUACCCUCAGGGGGCCCAAGCACAAGCCUGCGGGUGAGAACACCAGGAGCGGAGGAAGAGGAAGAGGCCUCACCGCUGCAGGAGCCACCGGGCCAGGCAGCAGGCACCACCUCCAGCUCGGACCCUAAGGCCCAUCAGCUGUUUUCUGCCCGUAGUGCCUGCCUACUGGGUCUACUGGCUGUCACUAAUGCACUGACCAAUGGUGUGUUACCUGCUGUGCAGAGCUUUUCCUGCCUGCCCUACGGGCACCUGGCGUACCACCUGGCUGUUGUAUUGGGCAGCUCUGCCAACCCCCUUGCCUGCUUCCUGGCCAUGGCUGUGCUGUGCAGGUCCCUGGUAGGGCUGUGUGGCCUCUCUUUGCUGGGCAUGCUCUUUGCCACCUAUCUGAUGACACUGGCAGUCCUAAGUCCCUGUCCUCCCCUGGUAGGCACCUCUGCAGGUGUGGUCCUUGUGGUGCUGUCGUGGGUGCUGUGUGCAGGUGUGUUCUCGUAUGUCAAGGUGGCAGUCAGUUCCAUGCUGCAUGGCGGGGGCCGGCCAGCUUUGCUAGCCGCUGGUGUGGCUAUCCAGAUGGGAUCCCUGCUUGGUGCCAUUGCCAUGUUCCCUCCCACAAGCAUCUAUCACGUAUUCCACAGUGGAGAGGACUGUGUGGACUUGUGUGGCUCCUGAGCCUGGACAUGCGGGACUGACUCCAUCUCACUUGUCUCCUCCUGGAGGCUGCCAUAGUGCCUGAGUGCCUAUGGUCUGGGGAAGCCUCCUCAUACACAGACACUCAUGGACACCUGCACACUCCAAAAGAGACCUGGUGUUUCAGGCCAGGGUGAGGACCAAAGAGCAGACCUGGAGCCAAGGACACUGGGCUUCAUCAUGGGACUUGUGUGGGAUUUGCACAAUAAAGUAUCUUUAUUUAGUA